UUUGUGGAUCCCUGAGAAUGGUGAACAGUCACAAUAUUCAAUUGCAUAAGUGAAACGACCGGUUUUGUACGCAAAAAGAAUGCGCGUUGAUCCCAGAUCCAUUCAGUCGCUCGUAAAUCAUGUCGAGCAGUACAUUUCGAUCGCCAUUGUUCACCAACCUGUGUAUGGUACUCCAAAAGAUUAGCAGUAUUCGUGGCACUCAGGAAAAAAAGAGAGUGGUGCAACAUUACUUAUAUCAAUGGCGAGCCGAUUAUGGCGAUGAUUUCUAUGAAGCCAUGCGAUUGUUUCUUCCCCAUCUCGAUAAAAAUCGACGAUAUAACCUCAAAGAAGCCAAAUUGGCCAAGGCAUAUGUAGAUGCAUUAGGCUUGGGGAAAAAGUCCGACGACGCUUAUAAUUUGACCAACUGGAAAUUGCCAUCCACAUCAAAGUAUACCAAAUCCUCGGGCGACUUUGCCGCAGUUGCUUACGAGAUCAUCAAGAGUCGUUCCACCGUCAUGACCCCGACGCAAACUGUACACGACGUGAACAUGAUGCUGGAUCGCCUCAGUCACUCUGAAAGCAAUGAGAAAAAAAAGGAAGAACUGUUCAAAGAAAUCGUAAAUAAUUACACAGCCUUUGAGCAAAAGUGGAUCAUCCGCAUCAUCCUAAAAGACUUAAAAAUCGGCAUGUCUGAAAAUUCCAUCUUUGAUGUUUAUCAUCAUCAGGCACGCCAGCUUUAUGAUGUCUGCAGUAACCUCCAAAAAGUGUGCGAGGACCUACAAAACCCGCUCAUCGCUGUUGGCCAAACCAGCAUCCAAUUGUUCCAGCCUUUCAAACCGCAACUGAGUCUGAGGGAAGUUCCCAAAAAUGUUCGAAAAUUCAGUUCGGAUGGUCGCUUUUAUAUCGAGCAAAAAAUCGACGGCGAACGUAUGCAAAUGCAUUUCGAUAGAAGAUCACAGAGAUUUCGAUGGUGGACAAGAAAAGCGACGGACUAUACGGAAAUGUACGGCGAUAGUCCAAUACCUGACAAACUGGCUGGGGCUAUUUUCAAAAAUUUGAGAGCGGACAGUAUGAUUCUCGAUGGCGAAAUGGUGGCAUAUGAUCCAAACCUCGAUGUUUAUCUCCCGUUUGGUACAUUGAAAUCGUCCGCCAAAGAUUUGGACACGAACCCGCUCAAGGCGAGACCAUGCUUCAUUGUAUUUGAUAUCGUUUACUGUAACAAUACACCCAUGGUCAAUUACCCGCUGGUGGACCGCCUCAAAACACUGAAUGCUGUGGUAAAAGAGAACCGUGGCCAUCUGAAUCUUUUGCCCAGGCUCGAAAAAUCUACCUUGCAAGACAUUGUAGAUGCCCUGGAGAAAGCCAUUCAAAACAGAGAAGAAGGCAUCGUAGUGAAGAACCCUAGCUCUAUCUAUGAGCCUGGUGCUCGAAACCCCAACUGGAUCAAACUAAAACCAGAAUAUAUUGACAGUAUACACGAUAACUGUGACCUACUCGUGGUUGGGGCAAAAUAUGGCACGGGAAGACGUGGCAACCGACUAGCACAGUUUCUAUGUGCUAUACGCGACGAUCGAGUCCCAGAAGCUGAAGGUCCAAAAUUUAUUACGUUUGCCAUGCUGGGCAGUGGUUAUACGAUGGAAGAACUGGAGGAAUUUAGCAAACUAUUACCCAUUGCCCAGCCAUACAAUAGCAAGAAACAACCUCCUUGGCUUAUUCAUCCUCCGAAAUCAAGCGAAGUACCAGAUGUGAUUAUCGAUUACGCAGAUUCAAUUGUGGUAGAAGUGAAAGCAACCGAAAUUACUUGGACUAAUCAAUUUGGCGCCGGAAGCACGCUGCGUUUUCCACGAUUCGUUCGAUUUCGAAAAGAUAAAGGAUGGCAGGAUAUCAUGACGCAAAAAGAAAUGAUCAAUGCUCGGCGAGAGGGAAAAGUGAAUGCCUCUCAAAAACGAGAAUCUACGUCCCAAGCUGAUUUCCUUGGCCAUUCGCCAAGCAAACGAGCGAAAAAGCCGGCAGCCUUUCGACCCUCUCUACCCUAUAAAAUAUUGGAAACGCAGCAAGGCAUUAAUACCGCGGGUCUGAAGAAAAAGAGUCUUUUAUUUGAAGACAUGAUAUUUUAUGUGAUCAACGGAGAGGCUGGUUACAGCAAGGCCGACCUGGAAAAGCUCAUCAUUGAGAACGGAGGCGAUUUCAAGCAGAACAGUGACGGUGCUUAUGUCAUUGCAGGGAAAAAAAAUGUGCGCGUCGAUAGUAUGAUUCAUUUCAAGAAACAUGAUAUUAUCAAGCCGCAGUGGAUACUUGAUUGCGUAGAUCAGCACGACCUGGUCCCUUUAACGCCAAGAUACAUGUUUUUCAUCACGGAAAAGACACAACAUGACUUUCUUAACAGAAUGGACGAGUAUGGAGAUCCGUAUACGGUGGAAGCUACAGAGAAAAGCCUGCGCGAGGUUCUUCCAAAUGUCCCUGUUGAACCCAUCAGUAUGAAGAAUGCGCGUGCUUUGGUCGGUGAAAUUCAUCGGCGAUAUUUCCAGGAUGGAAUUCCCGGGAUGCUGUUUCAAACCGUCGUGGCGUAUGUGGAUUUGCCCAGCAUCGAUUUAAACAAACCGGAUAUCGAAAACAUGACCAUGCAGUGGGUUCACGACCAGCGGAUUCGUGAUAAGCUAAAACUCGUUUCCCAACGUAUAGCCUUUGGAGGCGGACAGAUUGUGGAUAAACCAAAGGAAGGUGUAACUCACAUUAUCAUGGACGCAGAAGACGUAUCACGCUUAAUGCAGCUUACCAAAGCUUUUCGUGGUCAACUGCAGCCGCGCUUUGUCACCACAGAGUGGGUGGAUCAAUGUGUCCGCAACGAAACGAUGCUGGAUGAAGCACGGUUUGAACCAAUCUUUACAAAACGACAAACUGCUGAGAAACCUUUAUUUCACUGAUUGUUUUCGUCCCCAUUAUUUGUAUCAUCGAUUGAGAUGUUGUUUUUCUAUCUUUUUCUAUUUUCUUGUACCGUGAUAUCCAAAACUUGCAUAUACCGAUAAUAAAAUACAACACGAAUGAGACUCGGCGCUUUCC